GAUUCCGGACAGCUGCCGGGUGCCACUCUGUCUGUCUCCUCCUCUUGCUCUCUGCUCUGUUUUGUGCAGCGCUGCCUGUGCCUGCGUGUGAUGUGUCACGGCUACACGCUCAGCCUCAGAGAGAGGAGCCAACUAGAAUGAUGAAGGCGUGCAGGCUGCAGCCAGUGACCUGAAGAAUAGAAGCCUUUCAGUGAUAAUGUUUACUACCCAUUUGAUCCCAACCCGACAGAAGAGUCUCCCGUUCUUCUAAAUCCUCCAUGGAUGACACGUCCUACAAUGCCUACAAGUACACCUUCCUCUAGCCAUGGCACGCAGUUCAAAUUCAGAGCACGCCAUGAAAGCGUAGACUGGAGGAGUAUUGCAGCUAUUGAUGUGGACAGACUAGCAAAUGAGUUGGACUUUACAACACUUCAGGAAAACAUCAUGGGUAUCACUUUUUGCAACAUAGAACAUGAAAAGUGCCCGCGCUGUCACAACAGCCUGGAUCCUGUACUAGUUAAACUGUUUAGACUUGCUCAGUUCACCAUUGAGUACCUGCUACAUUCUCAGGAGUACUUGACUUCUCACGUGCAGACAUUGGAGGAGAAGAUGCAUGCCACCCUGUGUGAGGCAGAACAAAUAAAAUGUAAAGUGGUCAAGCAGUCUGAGGAAAUGAAAUCACUGAAAGAGGAGUGUAAGCGUAGGAAAAAGAUCAUUGCCACGCAGCAAAUGCUGGUCACUGCUGGGGCUGCAUCCUAUCACAAGUGUCAAUAUUGUGAGAAGGCGUUCAUGAAUUAUUCAUAUUUACAAGAUCAUAUAAAGAGGAGGCAUAAUGAAGGAAAGCAAAACCUUCAAUCAAGUGAUAAAUUGCUGUAUGAAAUAAACUGUCUGAAAGAAGAACUACAGAUGGCCAAAACUCAGCUGGAGGCUGCACACACCGCCCACAUAGAGAAACUGUCACAGAUUCAAGAAAUUGAGCAAAAGAAAAUUGUUGAACAAGAACUUUUUAACAAAUUUGACAGUUGGAAAAAAGAAGAAACCAAAAAAUUUGAAGAGGAAUUACAAAAAGUAAAAGAUAUGUUUAUGAAUGAGAUGAAGGAGCUGACGGCUAAGAACAGCUGGUUAGAUCAGGAGCUACAUGAAAUGAAAAAAGAUGGUCUGCAUGCGAGAUCCGGCUUAGGUACUCUACAAGAAAGCCCCAGUGACUCAGACAAGGACAAGUCUAGACUUACACACGACAUUCAGUAUAUGAGGGAGCUUUUAGAAAAGCAGGACCGUAAGUUGGAAAAGCGCAUGCAUCAACUGCAGCAAGAGCAUGAGAGGGAAAAGAACCUGCUCCUAUUAAAAACUGAGAGGCUAAAAUUAUCACUAAAUGAAGAUCAAAGGACAAAGGAAGAUGUCUACAAGAAAAAAAUGGAUGAAAUUGGACAUAGGCUAAAGGAACAAGAAAGACUAAUAAAGAGGCAAAAAGAGCAGAUAAAAGAACUGUCAGUGAAAUCAACACAAGUUGCCAAAAAAUAUCCAGUGCCUACACCUAUUCCAAAGAUACAACAUGUUGAAACAAAACUAAGUACAUCAAGAGAACAGACACAUAUAUUGCAGCCCAUUCAGGAGCUUGCAGAGGAUAAAGAUGUGGACACUGAGGAAGCAGUGAGCAUAAGCAAACUUCACUCAAGAAAUGCUUUGAGGAAGGAUUCCUCAUUAUACAAAGAACUUCGGAAAGUCUGGGAAGAGGGAUUGAUGGACAAGAUAGAGACCUUCGGCGUUAAACUGGGUAUGCGUGGAAUCGCCACUGAUCACUUCAAUAGAGCUAUGGCUGCAUUGGAAUCUGACAGGAAAGAGAAGGAGAAAUGCAUGCCAGAGUUUCGGAAAACCAGGGAAAAUCUUUUAAGACAAGUGAAUCUGAAGGUAGAGGAACGCACAGCUGCUGAUGCGGGUAAAUCUUGCACAUUAGGAAGUACAAGCUCUGCCCCAUUACGUAGACAGACAACGCACAGAACCUCUACAUUAAAAUCUUCACAAGAAAAAGUACAAGGUGAACCAAGAUAUCCAAUUCCUAUGGCAGGCUCCACGCCAAAAGUUAAGUUGCCUUCCUCAAAUGAAACUCAUGUGACAAAACCAUCAAGCAAUACGACACCCCCAUUUAGUUCUGAUGAGGAGUCUGAUGUGCCGGAUGUGCCUUUGCAGUCAAACAGAUGCACUGAUCCUGUAAAAUCUAAGUGUGCAGUUAGUGGUAAAAGCUUUGUUGGCUUUGCAACUGAUGAGAGCGACUCUGAUGGAAGUGUACUGGAAGAGAUUAAGGUGCCAUCGAGACAUAAGCGCUAUUCUGAAGUGCACGCUCCCGCCAAACCAGUACGAGCACCUCUUAUAAAAGAACGCACUGAACAGCUUGAAAUGGCAAGGUCUUCCCAUUCAGCUGACCAUAAACCUGUGGGUGGAAUCGAUGUAGUUUAUGCCUUCACAAAAAAUGACCUGGAUAAGGAACUAAAGAUUACGGACCUUGAUGACACUGAUUUUGAUAGUUCUUCUUUGGAAAAGGAACUAUUUGAAGUCCCAUCCUCUGGGAAGCGUCUAGAAUCAACGGCCCAAAAAAGAAAAGAAUUUUGUGCUGCUCCUGUUAAAAAUCCUUUUAGUACUACUAAGCUGACAAAAGGAGAUGCUCGGGAAGCCGAUACGUCCAGCACACUUGUAAGCAGUUUAGUAACUGUGAGUGACUUCAGUGAUACAUCCGACAUAUAACCAUCACGCCUGAGUCUUUGGCCACAAUAAAAUAUAUCAAACUGCUUUAAGUGCCUUAAGGGUUUGUGCUGCCAGUGAUGGGAAACUUCAGUGUUUUUAUUUGUGUGAUUGGUAGAUCUGUUUUUUACUUUUAUAUUAUAAAGCAGAAAGGUAGGAAAGGUGUAAUUGACAUCGUUGCUGUUAAUGGAUACGCAAUGCCAAUUAUUAUCGCUGUAUGUCUUUUGGAUGAAAUCUGAUUGUUUCCUGUUCUUUGGCCGGUACAGUGAAUUCAUAUUGUAGCACUUAAUGCUCUUAUUUCCAGAAGUUUCUAUAUUUCUUGAACAGGUUGUUUAGUAUAAAACAUUACUAUUGAGAAUAUAACAGGACCUAAUGCAGACAAGAUGUCCUGUGGCACUGGGGCAGUGUUUACCAAUUAAUAGUGUUUGUCCAUUUGCAGUAUUACUAGUUCUCUGGUAAAUAUUACGCUGCCAGUUUUCAAUACUGUUUAGUUAUAUUUGAAUAUUUAAUCUAACAAGUAUUAUUCUUCAGCCAAAUAACAUGUGGGAUAAGUAUUGCUCUUAAUGGAUUAGUUAGUAUGAAUGCAUGUGAUGCAGCCAUCUAUUACAGUUUUGGAUUACAUCAUUGUAUGUUUUUGUACUUUUUUUUACUCAUUUGAAUAGUUGCUCUUUAUUACCAUAAAUGUAAAUUUUGUGCAUACUCUGACUUGCACAAGAGACAAAGGCUGUGUGUCCCAGGCGGCAUUUAGUAUGCCGGCUGUUGGGAUCCCGGCGCUCAGUAUGCCAGCGCCGGAAUCCCGACACCCUGCUUACUAACAACUAUUCUCCCUCUUGGGGGUCCACGAACCCCCUGGAGGGAGAAUAAAUAGCGUGGCGCAGUGUGGUGAGCGCAGCGAGCCUGCAAGGAGCUCAUUUGCACUCGCCCAGCUGUCGGUAUGCCAGCGGUCAGGAUCCCAGCGCCGGAAUGCUGGCCACCGGGACCCCGUCCGCCGGCAUACCAUACUACCCCCAUGUGUCCCUACCCCAACUUUUUUGUUUAUGGACACUUGCGGCGGGAUGUAAUGGCAUCCGAGAUCACCGGAGGUGCGGAAUGCUGGCCGAUCUCAGAUGUUUAUUUUAAAGGGGCAAUCACUUACAAGGCAUGGUUUUAAAAAAUUGUCCAAGAUCGUCCAGCAUCCCACACCUCCGGCGAUCUUGGACGCCAUUACAUCCUGCCCUACAUCUUGAAGAGUGUUUGUGUUAUGUCUGCCCUUAUGAAAACAUAACUACUUGCAGUAAAAUGAUCUGUGGGAUUACACUUGCAAAAUAAAUUAUUUGUUAUCCCACAUUUACUGUAUUAGCUGGUAACCUUUGUCUCUGUGUCAUGCAUUAUUACACGCUCUAUUUUUACCCUCUGUUUGUAUUGCACCUAUGCCAAAAACAGUAUUAAAAUCCUGUCCUCACCUAAA